GUCAGAGGUCCAGCUUAAAGUACUGGUAUGAGAAGGAGUGGCUAAGUAAUGGUCACAUGCAUGGCUUAGCAUUUUUGGAAGAAAAUUAUUCCCACCAGAAUGCCAAGAAGAUAGUAGCCACUCAUCAACUUCUUGGCGAUGUACAGAGAGUGAUAGAAGUACUGCAUGGACUGCAGCUGAAGAUGAGCAUAUUACAAAAUAAAGAACAUCCUGACCUAAAGCUUUGGUGUCAUCCAUGGAAGCACAUUACAGUGGAUGAAAAAAUUCAUACAAAACACAUCAUUCACACUGAGGAAAACUGUCAUAAAGAGGAGACGGCAAGUUACCGAACUUGGAAUGGGACAGUUGAGAAACCCUCAACCAUUCCUUCUGUGGAGGAAUCUUACAUUACGAGUGAACACUGUUACCAGAAGCCUCGGGCCUACUACCCUGCGAUAGAGCAGAGAUUGGUUGUGGAAACAAGAGGUUCAGCCAUGGACGAUGGAGUGAAUAGAAUAAGGGAAAAUGGAGAUGAUGCCCUGUCGGAGAGGCUUGGCUGGAAUCUGGACCAAGAAAUAUGCAAGAUGGAAAAUGAAUCCAAACAUAAUUAUUCUAAGGUAAGAGAGUCUGUUGCUAAGAAAGUCUCUCCGGAGGGAGCUAUUGAAAUGAAAUUGCUGGAAAAAGACAAAGAAGGAGUUGUGAACUCGCAGCUGCAAUGGCAGCUUAAUCUUUUAGCUCAUGUGGAAUCUCUGCAGGAUGAAGUCAUACACAGAAUGGAUUUCAUCGAGAAGGAGCUAGAUG